AUGCAUUUAAGCAAUGCCUUUACUUCAGGAACUUUUCUUUUUACUGACAUAAUAUCUCACGGAAUUACAAGUUCUAAUAAUUUUAUUUUACAAUGUUAUGGAAUAACCAGAGAUCCUAAUACUAAUAAUAAGAUUAUGGUACUCGAAUUUGCAGAAGAUGGAAGUUUACAUAAAGACUUAAGGCUAAAUAUCGAUGAAAUUACUUGGCAAACAAAGUUAGAAAGACUAUAUUAUAUUGCAACAGGAUCUUCAUUCAGGAAACAUCUUAAUGGGAGUUAA